CCGAGCUUCACUUGUUCAUGCUCCUGCGACGACUGCAACGCGGCUUGGCCGGCGCUGGCUUUGCCACCAAGGCGACCGACCUGCUCACGCCCAAGAUGCAGCGCAAGAUCGAGUCGUUCGUUGAGAUCGUCCGAAUCCAGCGCGCAGAGCAAGCCGCGACCUCGGACUACACGAUCGUGCCCACAACAAUGCGGAUUCCGAACGCCGAGCCGUGGCCCACCGACCUCCGCGGCAAGUACUUUCCAUACACGGACAUUCGAAAGCUGCAUCGUGACGGUCUUCUUCCGCCCGACGUCGAGGCGGAGCUUGAGGCCAUGCGGUUUGUCUGGGACGUGAAUACGCUCAAGUGGCAGCUCAAGAUCGAUGCGCUCACUGUGUACAAGUCGCUGUAUGGCGAUACGUACGUACCAUACAAGUUUGUGUGUCCCGCCGAGGCGCCGUGGCCGCGGGACACGUGGCACGCGCCGCUCGGUAAACAGGUCUCCAACAUCCUCAAGGACUUCCACAGCUCGAGGCGCGUUAGGACCCAAGUGUUCAACAACCCGACACCGCGCCAAGCGCAGCUCAUUGCACUUGACUUUGAUUGGGAAGGCUCGGGCUACAGCUAAAUGCAUCAUCUUUGA